GUUGAGACCAGAGAAACGUAGGCAAUUACACAGAAAUUCAAGUUGGAUUGAUUUAUAGAUCUUCAGCCACGCAAAUGCGAAGUAAGUUGUUUGCUACCUAACCAAUUCGGCUUUUGGGAAGGAGUGAGGCAAGUCCUUGGAACCUGACUCUUGAGGUCACAAGAAAAAAGAAAAAGAAAAGAAAAGAAAAUAAAGUGCAGUUGACUUUGUUGUGUUUUUGCUAAUGGGUGUUGCAUUUUCAUCAUAGCAUUCUACAAAGCUUUUGAGUGCAGGUUGCACCAUGAAGUGUUUACAUGGUUCUGUCCCUAUAAAUUUAACACAUCCCUUGUCCUCUCAGAACCUACAACAACAAUCACCGGUGCAUUUUACCAUGUCUUCUCAUACCAAAAUCAUUCUUCUCCUCCUUUUUUUCUUCAUUGAUUUAUCUGUAGCAAGAGUUUUAGGCGUCCAGGAGGGCAGUAUUCUUCCAAGUCCACUAAGUGAGGUCAUUGCUGAAAUGGAGAUGAGAAAGCUUACAGAGGUGGAGGCUAUGGUGGACUACCAGAAAGAUCCGGAGCCUAAUCCUAGACAUAAACCUGGAGGAAACGGCCCCUAACUUUUUAAACUUCUACUUCAAAACUCCAUGCCCUGGGGGCUCAUUGAAAUAAGAAAUAUGUAUGUAUGUAUGCAUGUCCAUUUCUGUGGACAGUUUAGUAAGGAGAGCUUUAGACUCUGAAGGUACCACUUGCUCAAUGAGAGAGUGCUUGAAUUUUCGGAUGUAUUGUAAAAUGAAAAUGAAAAAUGAGAAAGCACUCUCUGUAGCUCUACUGGGAUUUAUAGAGAAUCUGCAAGUUCCAUAAUAUGAUGUCUAAA